AGGCGCGCGGUUUCCAGGCGGUUCCUCCUCCAGACUCUAGAGAAAGAAGGCGCAUCGUGAGCGAGAGAGAGAGAGGCAAUGGCGUCGGCGACGUUCCUGGAGGUGCUCCUCGCCAUCUUCCUCCCGCCGGUCGGCGUCUUCCUUCGCUACGGCUGCGGCGUGGAGUUCUGGAUCGACCUCUUGCUGACCGUGCUGGGGUACAUUCCGGGGAUCAUCUACGCCGUGUACGUGCUGGUGGCUUAAGUUGUGCGAAGAGGAGGACAUGAAGACUCUCGAUCUGUCCAGAAGUACGUAGUGAUGUGAGGACUUCUCCCAGUCCCAGUGUGCAUGUCUGUCUCGAUUACGCGAAUUAGGAGUGACUAUCGGCUGAUGUUGUUAAUAAAACGUGUGUGGGUGCUGCAAGCAAAGUUGUGUAGUUGGGGGCAGAAAUGUUUAUCACA